GGUUUCCGUAUUUCACAUAUCGCGCAGGCAAUUUUUAAUUUUUCAGUAAAAUUUGCGGCAACACAUCUUAUCUUGAUAACGAUGAACUAAAGUAUUGAUAAAUCAUUUAAUAAAUUGCAAUCAAAAUGAAUGGAAACAACAAUACUUUGGAUAGAAUUCAGAAGGAAAUUAAGGAGAGUCUUGAGCGGGAUAACGAGUUACGGAAACUGUACAAUGGAAAAGUGGAAAAUAAUGAAACUAACAACAAUGAAGUCAUUUUCAACGGAAAUGGUACGACAAACGGGGUUUCAAGUGGCAUAACCAACGGUGUUUCACCCCUUAAGCAAGUCCAAAAAACGAAUGGUGUGAGAUUAUUUACCCAAAAUACCAACCCAACCCGGGGCCUUAUGAAAACUUUUUUUAAAACAAGGGGCAAAGUUAAUGCAGUAACGAAAUUUUCAUCAUCAUUAAAUAAAAUGUGGACGCCCGAAGACUAUUUUAAUCCCACUAAAGUAAAUUUGGAAAAAGGGAAGCCAAUUAGAAAAGGUUUUGUGUCUGCAGAAGAAAAAAUGAAGCAAGAACUAAUGGAUUUCAAAAAACGAGAGGAAGAUUUAAGAAGAGAAAGAAGAAAAUCACAACCCGACAUAAUGGCCGCCCUUUCUCUAGAAGAGGAACUGGACGAAGCCCAUCUCGCAGAAAAGCACACGUUUCCGCUGAAAUCCGCGAAGUCCCUUUCGAACCUGUACAGCGACUCGGAAGACGUGUUCCAGGACUCGGCCUUUUCCGCCCCGUGCAGUCUGAAACCGUCGUCUCGCAACGGCAGCGGCAGCGCCGCCCUUCUCUGUGAUAUGCUCGACUACAGAGACGAAAUACCCGGCACGCAUUCCCUAAUCAAGCAAUUCGAAAACCUAAAAAGUCAAGACAGAACCUAACGUUCAAACCCAUGUGAUAUGUAAGCCGUCCAUUUUAAAUUAGCCAAUCGGUUUAAUGCAAAAUAAAAUUGAUUUUAUUUUUGUGUUAUAAAUUGAUUGGGUGCGUUUUUAGCAAACCAAAAUCGUACUAUGUAUUUAAUGUUUUUAAAUAAUUUUAGCAAAUACCAAACAAUUUGUACUUUACAUUGGAUAAGAAAAUUUACAGCUUAAAUCAGUACAAAUCUUGCCUUUAACAAGUUCCUUAAAUUUAAUAGAAAGAACACAUUUAUUUUUUGUGUACAGGGUAAACUUACAAUUUUGCAGCUU